CGUAAAUCGAGAUGGGUAGGGACAGGGACAGGGAUCUAUCGCGGUCUCCUUCGUACCGUCGGAGGUACAGUCCGUCACCAUCUCCGGGAAGGUAUUCACGCCGGAGCUGGAGAGAUAGAAGUCGGUCUCCUUAUUCUUACAGGAGAUGACCUAGCAGAUGCUCAUGGAUUGUAUAAUUUUGGUGUCGUGUGCCAAGUUGCUGCCUGUGAGAGUUUUCGCUAUCCGUCAGCACCUUGAUAUUCUACAUGCUUAUGGCAGUUGAAUUGAUGAUCUCUAUUACUUUCGACGGGUUAAAAAAAAUGCUGCUAAAUUGUAUAGUAUCAGUGUUGAUGCAUCUUAUGAUGGUGGGACCUCUAUACAAAAUGUUAGAACUUUGAGAUAUUUCUUAAAAUUGGUGUGAUUGUGAAUGAAAUAAUCAAGGUGGUUGGUGUUUGAGAAAUUUAGAAAAGAAACAAUGGCUUCCCCUUGACUGGGAAGUCAGCAGGUGAUGGGUGCCGAUGGGUGUCAUUUCACUGCUCGAUUGUGAUAUUUCCGGUUUCUUAUCAUAAAAGAUGGAGCACCCAGUUUAAUCUUUGCUAUGUUUGAGGUAACUGUACGUGCUUUCCGCAUAGACGGUGGGUUUGGAGAAUGCAACAUUGUGGGCAGUGUGGAGGAUAGCAUUUUCUUGUGAUGUUCAUAUUCUUCAUUGUAUUCUACAGAAAACGCAGUCGCUCAUUGUCCUCUCGACAUCAUAGAAGUCGCUCCAUCACUCCAAGACGACGUAAAAGUCCCUCGCCGAUGCCAAAGCGAAAUAAAAGACAAAGAAAAAAGAGUGUAUCACCAUCUCCCAUAGCUGCCUCUCCUAGUGUUAGCGCUAGUGUAAGAGAGACAAAAGAUGCAAGUGAAAAAUUGAAAAAAGAGGCAGAGGAAAAGAAAAGGCGUCAACAGGAAGCUGAGCUAAAAUUAAUAGAAGAAGAAACCGCGCGGAGAGUAGCAGAAGCAAUUCAAAAGAAAGUAGAAGAGAGUUUGAACUCUAGCGACAUCAAGCUUGAAGUAAGGAGACGUCUUGACGAAGGCCGGAAGAAACUUGCUACCGAAGUUGCUGCCCAGCUUGAAAAAGAAAAGGAAUCUGCCAAGUUAGAGGCUCAGCGGAAGGAGGAACAAUUACAAAAAGAGAAAGAAGCGAUAGAGAGAAUGAUGGAAGAGAAUCGGAGGAAGGAGGAAGAAGCUCAUCGAAGAGAAGCAUUGGAGCGACAAAGAGUGGAGGAGCAAAGGUACAGAGAAUUGGAGGAGCUUCAAAAACAGAAAGAAGAAGCAACACGGAGACAGAAAAUGCAGGAGGAGGAAGAACGGGCGAAGCAAAUGAAGGUAUUGGGCAAGAACAAGUCGCGCCCCAAGCUGUCCUUCGCCCUCACUAUGAAAUAGUAAUCAUCGAAUUGGUACGCUAUUAUUCGUGCUUUGUUUGUUUGUAUUAAAUGUGUUAGUCGGUCAAAAUCGAAUUUCCAUCCACUCCAGACUACUACUAUUACUAUUUUUACGAUUGAUGCUGAAUUGCUGAUAGUGUUUGAAUUCAUUCAA